GGGACCUCCGAGCCAUGGCCCCGCCGCUGCUGCUGCCGCUGCUGCCGCUGCUGCUGCUGCCGCUGCCGGCCCGCGGCUCCAGGGCCGGGCUGGAGGAGCUGCCCCACGUGGAGCGGUACGAGACGGUGCUGCCGCGGGAGCUGCCUGUGCCCCGGGGGAAGAGGGACCUCUCCGCGCCUCCGAGCACCUACCCAAGCCAUGUCUUCUACAGCGUCCGUGCUGAAGGCAGGGAGCACCUCCUGUGGCUGGAGAAGAACAGGGCCCUGCUGGGGCAGCACUACACCGAGACUCACUACUCCGCCGACGGCUCGGAGAUCACGGAGCAGCCGGACACACAGGAUCACUGCUUCUACCAGGGACACGUGCGGGGACAGCCCGACUCGGCAGCGAGCAUCAGCACCUGCGGCGGGCUCAGUGGGUUUUUCCGGGUGAACGAGACCACCUUCCUGCUGGAGCCGCUGGAGGGGGCCGUGGCCGGCCGGCACGCCGUGUACCGAGCUGCUCACCUGCGGGGCAAACGCGGCACCUGCCGGGAGCCCGGGGCCACGCUGCAGUACGACCGCGAGCCCAAAAUCCCCGCGGCCAUGAAGCUCUACCGCUGGAAAUCAGGCCCGGUACAGAAAGGUCCCCGGUACGUGGAGCUGGUGCUGGUGGCAGACAACCAGGAGUUCAGGAAGCACAAGGAUCUCCGCACGGUGCAGAACCGCAUGAAGGAAAUCGUGAACCACGUGGACAAGCUGUACCAGCCCCUCCGCCUGCGGGUGGCCCUGAUCGGCCUGGAGGUGUGGAACCACAGGGACAAAAUCACAGUCAGCCCCAACCCCGAGGUGACCCUGGACAACUUCCUGCACUGGCGGGAGUCGGAGCUGCUGCGCAAGAAGCCCCACGACAACGCCCAGCUGAUCACGGGCGUUGACUUCCACGGCAACACCGUGGGGCUGGCCAAGAAGCUGGUGAUGUGCACCCGGGACUCGGGCGGUGUCAACCAGGACCACAGCACGAACCCCAUCGGAGCUGCGUCCACCAUGGCUCACGAGAUGGGGCACAACCUGGGCAUGUCCCACGACGAGGACGUCGCCGGCUGCCGCUGCCCCGUCCCCAAAGCUGACGGGGGCUGUGUCAUGGCAGGCAGCGUGGGGCUGGUGUACCCCAAGCUCUUCAGCCGGUGCAGCGAGCAGGACAUGUGGCAGUUCCUGGGGGACCCCCGCACCAGCUGCCUGCUGAACGCGCCGCGGGCGGACGAGCUCUACGGGGGACCGGUGUGCGGGAACCAGUUCGUGGAGCGGGGAGAGCAGUGCGACUGCGGCACGCCCCAGGAGUGCUCGGACCGCUGCUGCAAUGCCACCACGUGCCAGCUGAGAGAAGGAGCCGAGUGUGCCCGAGGGGAAUGCUGCCAGGACUGCAAGAUGAAGGCUGCAGGUACUCUAUGCCGGGCCAGCAAGAACGACUGCGACCUCGCCGAGCACUGCAGCGGCCUCAGCGCCGAGUGCCCCGAGGAUGUGUUCCAGGAGAACGGCAUCUCCUGCCAGCACGGCAGCGGCUACUGCUACAACGGGGCCUGCCCUUCGCACGGCGAGCAGUGCCGGGCGCUCUGGGGCGCAGAGGCGCAGGUGGCUCCUGACGUCUGCUUCAAGCACAACAGCGAGCAGCACGUUCACCUGCACUGCCUCACCGAGUACGGCAAGCAGCCCUGCAGCCCCAAGGAUGUCAAGUGCGGCACGCUGCUGUGCCUGAGCGACAACACCCAGCCCAUCCUGGGCACCGGCUACUACUCCUUCGGCUACUACUUCGGCCGCUUCAAGUGCAAGGCGGUGAUCGCGGGCAGCGACGCCGGCGAGGCGGCCGAGCUGCGGCUGGUGCCCACCGGCGCCAAGUGCGGCGAGGAGAUGGUCUGCUACGCCGGGCGCUGCCAGAACCUCCUGGUCUACGGCGACAAGAACUGCUCGGCCAAGUGCAACAACCACGGGGUGUGCAACCACCGGCGCGAAUGUCACUGCGACCCGGGCUGGGCAGCGCCCUACUGCGAGCAGGAGAUUUCGGGGAUAGCCGCAGGGAGCGGCAGCGCGGUGCUGGCGGCCGGGCUGGCCGUGCUGGCCCUGGCCGGCGUGGGGCUGGCCAGCGGCGUGGUGCUCCUGAGAGCCAGGGUGGCGCGGCGCUCCCACAAAGGGAGCUCCAGCGGGACUCCCUCCGGCCUCGCCAACCCGCUGUUCCAGGAGGGCGGCCGGGCGCGGCCGGGUCGCCGCCAGCUGUCCCGCAGGGACAUCGGCCAGCCCAGCCUGCUUAGCAGCACGGCGGCCCCGCGGGCGGCCCGGGCACACAGCCCCGUGCUGGCCCCGCAGCCACCCGCACCCGGCCCGAUAGGGUCACCUCGGUCCCCUCCGGGAUGGUCCCCGCAGGCGAAGCCGAAGCCGCCCAGCAAACCUCUGCCAGCGCUGAAGAGCAAAGUGCCGAGCCACGGCGAGGGGCCACCGGCACCGUCCCUCCCGCCGAGCCCCUUCCAGCGGUGUCCUCCGCCGAAGGUAGCCCUGAAGCCGCCCCCAGGCAGGAGGUGACCAAGGAUGCUCCAUCCGCCACCGCGGCCGGCCGAGGAGCGGCACAGCUGGGCGGGUGGCACCGCUGGGCGGGUGGCACCGCUGGGGAGCCAUGGUCUCGCUGCCACCCUUACUUGAAUUGCCGGCCGGACCCUCGGGCCCUGCCCGGGGUGGGCACCAGUGUUUACAGAUCCUCGAGUUGUGCCUUAAUGGACUCGGCAGCCCCACGGGUGUCCCAGGAGGAGCCGCCAGCCGGGGCUUCCCAAGGAAACCAGGAGCGGGGACAAUGCCAGCUCCGGUUUGGAGGACCAACCCACGUUGGCCCAGGCUCUCCAGCGCCCUGGGAGCUGCUGCCUUCUCUCCCGACGUCCUGAAUGUGUCCCGUCCUCCUGCCCUUCCCUGCCGGGGCUGCGGUGAGGAGCUCCUGGCAUCACGGGGCAGGAAGAGCACUGCUCCGUGGGGACCUGCCCCGGCUGGGGACAUCACACGCGGGGAUGUCACCUGGGGCUGUGGAAGGUCCAAGCUGGGCUUGGCCUCCCCACGGGGCUUUUACCUCUGGAGUUACUCCUUGAGUGUUCAAAAGGGAAUUCCCUGGGAGCCUUUUUACUGCAGCCAUUUAUUUAUGACCCUAAUGUGACCAUUUUGAGCCACUUGCUGUAAAACCAGGCCUCCCAUUUUUGAUAUGAUUUAGGUUCAAGGCUUUUAUACCAAUAAAGACUGAACAAAGA